AUGGCUGAACCUAAAAAACCACUCAUCCGUUUUAAAUUGAUUCAUUAUUAUCUUGUACCGAUAAUAUGUUUAAUUGUAUGGUGGGGAAUGUUGAUUGCUAUGUUAUCAGCAUGGUCGAUUCAAGGUCAUCCUAUAUAUUACUUUAUGUCAGGUUAUCAAAACCCAGUUUAUAUAUCUGAUAUUGGAGCUACGAAUUUGCAACCAUUAUUCAUCUCAUGUACAGGGUUUCAAGCCAUAUUUUUUGUGGGAACUUUAAUCCUUAUUUAUUUCUUAAGAAGAUAUCAUAAAUUACAACCUUAUAUUAAACCAAUUCAACAUAAAUUAGAUAUUGCUAGUAUAGUAUGUUCUGUAUUAGGUCAAUUGGGUAUAUUAUUUGUUAGUAUUUUUAAUACUCAUAUCUUCCCUGAUGUUCAUAUAUCAAUGGUUGCAGUAUUUAUUGCAUUUAUCUUCUUUUCAUGUUUAUUUAAUUUCUUUACUUCAUUUAUAUUUGGUAAUAAUCCUGAUUUAUUAUCCCCAUAUCAUAAACAUGAUGUCAUCUUUGGUGAUAGAAAAUGGGAUAACCUUUAUAUGUUAUCAUUCUGGUUAAAGGCAACUUGGUUAGCCGCUGCUUUUGCCUUUGCUGUGUGUUUUGGGGUAUUCAUGGAAUCUGGUAAUCAAAGUUUAAGUGCAGCAUUUGAAUGGACCAUUUCUUUCUGGUAUGGUUUAUUAUUAAUUAUGUGGAGUCUUGAUCUCUUACCAGCUGCUAUGAAACAUUAUAGAAUAAGUCAUCCUGAAAUAUAUGGUCCAAAUAGUGAAAAAGGUGUCGAUGAAGAUAAAAAUGAAAUUAAUAGUGGUUUGUCAACUGUUUGA